CUGCCACCAGGGUGAGGUGACUGCCACACAUCAGUGGCUGCUGGGUUGAAGUGACCACAGAGCUGCGGUGGCUGCUGGCGUUGAGGUGGCCACAGGGCACCAGUGGCUUCUGGGGUUGAAGUGGCCACUGCCAGGCCGUGGUGACCACAAAACCAUAGCAGGCACUACUCAGUUGUGGGGACAAUCAGGUAUCAGCAGCUGCAGAGCUUAACAUGGCCACUGCCAGGCUGAAGUGGCCACCAUUGAGCUGUGGUACCACACACCAGUGGACAUGGGGCUUGAGGUGGCCACUACCAGAUUUCUGCAGAGCUGUGGUGGCCAACUGGGCUUGAGGCGACCACAGGGAUUGUGGUGGCCACCACCAGGCUGAAACCACCACGGAGCUGUGGUGGCCACCAGGCUCCAGCAGUGACCAGUGAGACCAGCUGCCCCCUGGAAGGAGGAGGAAGAGCAGGAGCAGCAGCACCUCCUGUGCUGCGGGCUCUGAAGGAUACUGCAGAAGCAGCAAAAAAACAGGGGAUGAAAACAGGAACAGGUUUUUUGGUUUUUUGUGAGCUGGCUUUGAAGUCCUUGGGAAAUGAGGGGCUGUUCCUCUUUUCAUCUCUGGACACAAACAAUGACCUGUACCUCAGCCCAGAGGAGUUCAAGCCAAUAGCUGAGAAGCUGACAGGGGUUGCUCCCAUCUCAGAAUUUGAAGAGGAGGAGACGCCUGAUCCAAGCGGGGAGACUCUGUCCAUUGUGGCAAAAUUCCAGCCUUUGGUCAUGGAAACAAUGACGAAGAGCAAGGAUGGUUUCCUGGGAAUUUCUCACGUUGCUCUCUCUGGGCUGAGGAACUGGACGGCCCCAGCAGCCCCUAUGAGUGUGCUGCUUGCCAGGCAGUUUAAAGCCUUCCUUCCUCCAAAGAAUAAACUGGACCUCGGGGAUCCGUGGUGGAUAAUUCCUAGUGAACUGAACAUCUUCACUGGGUAUCUUUCCAACAACAGAUUUUAUCCUCCACCUCCCAAGGGCAAAGAGGUCAUAAUCCACAAGCUUUUGAGCAUGUUCCACCCCCGGCCCUUCGUGAAGACCCGCUUUGCCCCCCAGGGGGCCGUGGCCUGUAUCCAAGCCAUCAGCAGCUUCUACUACACCAUAGCAUUCCGGAUCCACGCCGAGUUCCAGCUGAACGAGCCACCAGAUUUCCCCUUCUGGUUUUCCCCAGGCCAAUUCACAGGUCACAUCAUCCUCUCCAAGGACUCUUCCCAUGUCCGAGAGUUUAAGCUCUUUGUCCCUAACAACAGGUCUCUGAACGUGGACAUGGAGUGGCUGUACGGGGCGAGCGAGAGCAGCAACAUGGAAGUGGAUAUUGGAUACCUGCCUCAGAUGGAGCUGGAAUCGACAGGGCCCUCAAUCCCCUCCGUGAUCCAUGAUGAGAAUGGAAACAUCAUCGACGGCAGGGACCCCUCAGGGGAGCCCAUCCAGUUUGUGUUUGAAGAGAUAACCUGGCAGCAGGAAAUCCCUUGGGAAGAGGCAGCCCAGAAGCUGGAAGUGGCCAUGUAUCCAUUUAAGAAGAUCUCCUACCUGCCCUUCACAGAAGCUUUUGAGAGAGCAAAAGCAGAGAAGAAGCUGGUGCACUCCAUCCUGCUGUGGGGGGCCCUGGAUGACCAGUCCUGCUGAGGUUCGGGGCGAACUCUCCGGGAGACCGUCCUGGAAAGUUCGCCCAUCCUCGCCCUGCUCAACGAGAGCUUCAUCAGCAGCUGGUCCCUGGUGAAGGAGCUGGAGGAGCUGCAGAGCAACAGAGAGAAUGAGUUCUACAGCAAACUGGCUGACCUGCACCUGGAGAAAUACAACUUCCCUGUGGAGAUGAUCAUCUGCCUCCCCAACGGCACCGUGAUUCACCAUAUCAAUGCCAACUACUUCCUGGACAUUACUUCUAUGAAGCCUGAAGAUGUUGAAAGCAGCAUCUUUAGUUUCUCAACCAAUUUUGAAGACCCUUCAACUGCAACUUACCUCCAGUUCCUGAAGGAAGGACUGCAAAGAGCAAAACCAUACCUGCAGACCUAAAAACAAAGGCACCUGAAUGCCCCACAGACACAGCCAAAGACUUCAGAGAUCUAUUUUGGUUACAGCAACUCCUCCUCAUCCUCAUGCCAGACAUUGAUGUUAAGCUGCAAAGAGUCCCAGGGUGGGGCUUUGCUCUGGAUGUUGGUUUGAGGCUGAGUUUCAAGUGAUACCAGUUUACACAACCUGCCCUUUUGAGUUCAGGCGAAUUUUACAGGAGUUAAAAUACUUGAAUACAUUCUCAGUGCAUAUGCCUUGGUCUGCCACCCACCCUCAUUUGUUUUUCCAGCUCCUGUUCAGACUCAGGAGCAUCACCCAGAUGUAACAGCAUCACCCAGAAACCCUGAUCUGCAGGACUGGACUGUUGCAGAAUUGCCAUUAUGACCAAACACUCGUGGUGAGAACAGACUCCAGUGCCAGUGGGAAGCUCCCUCCUCCCACCUCUGUGCCAGUGCCAUGGAUGCCAGCUGCUGACAACAGCAUUUAUUGACAGUGACAACCAGUGUGUGAUGGGACUGUAGCUGGGAAUGUGCAGACAGGAACGUGGGGGGUUUGAACUGGAGGAUGAGCUCUGGAGUGGCCUCCCAGGGCCUUGUGUGACCUGGUGGCAGGGGGGGUCUCACUCAUCCAGGCUCUGUGCCCCUGAGGGAGGUGCUGAGCUUGACACAGGAACAUUAGGAAUGGAGACCAGGGCACUGGAGGUUUGGUGCAGCUCAGAGGUGUCAGGUGAGGAUCAGUUUUGGGGGGCUGAGCCCCCCCAGUGCAGUCCCUGCACUCCAGGCUAUGGGACACAGCAGUGAGGCAGUGCCCCCCGUUCAUCCCAGGGCUCCCACCCUGCUGGCUUUGGGACCUUGGUUCUCCCAGUGUCCCCUCAGCAAUGCCCUGUCUGUGUUUGCUUUGAGCUUCCAGGUCACCCUGGAUGAUAAAACCAUGAAGUUCCCUUUG